UCAGGUCGUCGCUAAGUGGUGCCUUCCGGUGAACCUCAAACUAGUUGGAAAGAGGGUGAAAUGAUCCCAGAUCAGUGUCUGUUUCGGUGUCAGGCCACCCCUCCUCGCUGCUAGGUGCGCGCCAGCCUCGCGAUAGCCUCGCCUACUAACCAGAAUCAAAGCUCCUCUCGCGAAUUGGAUGCUGACAGGCGCGAUCUGCGGUCAUCAUGCAAAGGUUACAUUGGAUCUGUUUCAAGAAGACGCUCCUCCGUCGGAAACGCUCGGGUCGCAAAAUGCGGGACGUCUAGCGGUGCGAGAGCGGACUCGCCACCGGUUUCCGGGCCUCUUUGGCUGCAGCAGGUGUCAAACGAUGGGCACAUUUUCGGGAGUGUGUACGCUGGCUCCUCUCGGCCGUAAAGUGGCUUCAUGAGUGUCCAAAGUAACAGUGGAAGUGGUGGUGGAAGUUUGGAGGCGACGCCAUCUUGGUCGCAGCUCUCCUCGUCCCCAACGUUUUCUCAACAACAUCUAACGGCGACCGCAAAGAGCAAGGAAGCCCCCAUGGAGGAGCUGCACAGCUUGGACCCCAGGAGACAGGAGCUGCUGGAGGCCAGGUUUACAGGAGCUGUCAGCGGCAACACAGUAGGCAGCACGGGGAGCACCAGCGGAGGUGCUAAGGGCUUGGCCAAUGAAUCCUCCAACCACAGCUAUGGAAGUCUGGGCUCAUCAAGUGAUAAGGAGUCCGAGAACUCCGAUCUGAAAAGAGGGAGCUCCCCUGCCUACUCAACCCCAGAGAAGAAGCACUCUGAAUCGUCCAGGGGGAGGAAGAGGAAAGCGGACACCUAUUCUGAGAGUAGUCAAGGAAAGACUUCCACACGUGGACCCAAAAUCAGCGACUAUUUUGAUUUUCAGGGUGGAAAUGGUUCCAGUCCAGUCAGAGGCCUUCCAUCUUCUCGCCGCUCGCCACAGAGCUCGCACUCGGCUCCAGGUUCGAUGAUUCAGCAGAAUAGCUCCUCCCCCACCAGUCUGAGUUUUGGGGAGCACAACCUUAAAGCCUCCUUGAGCAAAUGUAUUCAGACGGAGCUGACGGGGCUAAAGCUCGCCGCCCUGGAGAGCAACAAGAGUCUGGACCUGGAAAAGAAGGAAGGCAGGAUAGAUGACCUGCUCAGGGCCAAUUGUGACCUGAGAAGGCAGAUUGAUGAACAGCAGAAACUGUUGGAGAAAUAUAAGGAGAGACUCAACAAGUGCAUCACAAUGAGCAAGAAACUGCUCAUAGAGAAGAGCAACCAGGAGAAGCUUUCGUGUCGUGAGAAAAGCAUGCAAGACCGUCUGCGCCUCGGUCACUUCACCACAGUCAGACAUGGCGCCUCCUACACAGAGCAGUGGACUGACGGAUAUGCAUUCCAAAACCUGAUCAAGCAACAGGAAAGCAUUAACCAGCAGAGGGAGGAUAUUGAGCGACAGAGGAAGCUCCUCGCCAAGAGGAAGCCUCCCAACCCAGCGGCCCCCUCCCUCUCUGUGGCCUCAACAUCCGAGCCCAAGCAGCGCAAAGCCAAGGUGGUCAACGGCAACGAUUCAGAUCCCUUCCUGAAGCCCUCCUUGCCCCAGCUCCUGACCCUGGCGGAGUACCACGAGCAGGAAGAAAUCUUCAAGCUUCGUCUCGGACACUUAAAGAAGGAGGAGGCAGAGAUCCAGGCAGAGCUGGAGAGGCUGGAGCGGGUGAGAAACCUUCACAUCCGAGAGCUGAAGAGGAUAAACAAUGAGGACAGUUCAGCUUUCAAAGACCACCCCACGCUGAACGAGAGGUACCUGCUGCUGCACUUGCUGGGCAGGGGCGGCUUCAGUGAAGUCUACAAGGCUUUUGACCUGUUUGAGCAGCGCUACGCCGCUGUGAAAAUCCACCAGCUCAACAAGAACUGGAGAGAGGAGAAAAAGGAGAACUACCACAAGCACGCGUGCAGGGAGUACCGGAUACACAAGCAGCUGGAUCAUCCCAGAAUAGUCAAACUCUACGACUAUUUCUCCCUCGACACGGACACGUUCUGCACCGUGCUGGAGUUCUGCGAAGGGAACGAUUUGGACUUCUACCUGAAACAGAACAAGCUGAUGUCAGAGAAGGAGGCCCGCUCCAUUGUAAUGCAGAUCGUCAGCGCCCUGCGCUACCUCAACGAAAUCAAACCCCCCAUCAUCCACUACGACCUCAAACCUGGUAACAUCUUAUUAGUUGAUGGCACAGCAUGCGGUGAAAUCAAAAUCACGGAUUUUGGCCUUUCCAAGAUAAUGGAUGAUGACAACUAUGGUGUGGAUGGGAUGGACCUCACGUCACAGGGUGCAGGCACCUACUGGUACCUUCCUCCAGAGUGUUUUGUUGUUGGGAAGGAACCACCCAAGAUCUCCAACAAGGUGGAUGUCUGGUCAGUUGGAGUGAUUUUCUUCCAAUGCCUCUACGGACGCAAGCCGUUUGGUCACAAUCAGUCCCAGCAGGACAUCCUGCAGGAAAACACCAUCCUCAAAGCCACCGAAGUUCAGUUUCCAGCCAAACCGCAGGCCAGCACAGAGGCCAAGGCGUUCAUCCGGCGCUGUCUGGCGUAUCGUAAGGAGGACCGCUACGACGUUCACCAACUGUGCUCGGACUCCUAUCUCCUCCCUCACAUGAGACGUUCGAACUCCUCCGGGUCCCUGCAGCCCCCGGCCCCAUCAAUCCCCAACUACUGACCGACGGGACGGGACCUUCUGGUCGACCUGAAGGAAAAGGUUGCUGUAAUCGGCGGGAUGACAGAUGGCAAUCCGAGCCCCGAGCUUCUCCUAAGAUGGAUAUUUUGGCUACAGAAAGAUUGGAAAAAAAGAAAGAAGCUCUGCGUUGAUCAGAGCUCCGGCCUCAGACUUCAGAGGGGGGUAAUAGUGUGGAAAAGGACGUAGAAAGAGUAUUUGUUUGGAGGAAAAAUAUGAAAGCAAGUGGAUUUGCUUCUGGACUAAAUGAACCUCAUAGACUUACAGCAGUGUGGUACCUCCUAGAUUGGUCUGCAAACCCCGCCCCCUUGUAGCUCCACAUGCAUCUUCACGAGCACGUAUGCCGUAAUAUAACUAUUAGCUGACUAGCAGUUGUGUCAACAUAAGCCUACUUUUCCAGUCUUGUUGCUUGUGAGAGCGGGUGCAGCGGUCGUGUCAAAGUUUACCCCGGCAACGGCGAUUUUCAUUUUGACAAAUAGGACUUUUUAAAGUUUGCACUCUAAACCCAGAUGACGCUCAGAGUCCUCUCGAAAGAACCACCGCAUGGCCUCACUCGUCACAAUCGGGUCCAGAUCCGGGCGUCUUUCCGCCUCGCAGUUCAGGUAAAAGAGGCGGAUGUUCCAUGGUGGUGUGUUGAUGUAGAUGUCCAUGCUUCCCUGCUGGACUACUUAACAUUAGGCUCUUUUGAAAAACAAACAAACAAAAAAAAAUCUGUAUCUAUAUGUUACUGAAUGGCAAAGCAGAGUUCAUUGGACAUUUCAUGUGCAGGAAACACGACUAACUAGCAGAUAUAUAACAAUAAUCCAGCUUUUUAUGCCUCCAAGUGUCCGUUUGCUCCAUUCAUUGGUUUCCUCCUAAAAGCCAUUCUCAGUGUUGCUGCUAUAAACGUUGCUUUUAGUUUGUAACAUGUGCAUGACCUCCUCCCUGCAUAUGUGCAUAUUUGAACUGUGUUCAGCUGCAACCAACUUCAUAAAUGUCUGAUGGGGGGGCUCUUUUGUUGUUUUUUGUUUACUUAAGCAUAAAAGCCCGACAAAUCUGAUGUAUCGAGCUAAUUCCCAGAAUUCUCCUCCUGCUCACAGAAGAGGACACGCUCCAGAUCGGCUGUGUUAUCCACUUCAGCUGGAAUUCAUGAUAUAUUCAAGUGUUGUCAUUGUGUAAAUAAAACACUUAUCUGCUCCAUGA